AUGCCUGACGAAGAGAGAACGGGCGUCAGUUCAUAUGAGCUCGAGAAGAACAUCAACCGGGUCCAAGAUCUGCUGACCGCAAUCAAGGAGAAAACAAAGAUGCUCGAGCCAAUGGCCAAUGAUGCACAGAAGAAAACGCUUGCACAAGUGAACAACUACAUUCAACAAGUGGAGAAUUUCGGAGCUCAGGUGAAGAAGGAUGGAGCUGCUAAAUUCGAGCAGAACAAGACAAAAUGGCAAGAGAUGCUGAACAACAUUUUCGAGAAAGGAGGACUGGAGGAUGUGAUGAAGUUGAUGAAUCUGAAAUCGGCCACCCACUGCACUGUGAUGGCUGCCCUCAUCGCCCCUGUGAUCCUUGCAUUCACUCGCUAA